AUGCCAACACUGCUCUUUUCAGGAACAACAACAUGUGUGUCGCACUUGUACACGAUUCUCAAGGCGAUUGCGCUCAUGUCCAAGCAUGUGAGUCUCGAAAUCAUGUCUGACGGGUUCAAGUUCACCGUGGAUGUGGACAGCAGAUCCAGUCAGGCCGUGGUGCUGGUCAAGAAAAACCUGUUUUCGAUGUACAACUUCAACGAUCAGGAUGCCGAAGGAUCUGAUGACGAGCCCGCCUUCUUUCCACCCUACAGAUUGUCUCUAGCUUCGCUGACCACGUGUCUCGAGAUGUUUGGCAAGAAUGACGUGAUUAGUGACAAAGCGGGAGGUAAUGCUGAGGACCGAAGAGUUGAUUCUUCGGGAGCAUCGCAGACGUGUCGAAUCCUUUACUCUGGGCCAGAUCACCCGCUCAAAUUCGUGUUUCGAAACGACCAGUUUACGACUUCGUGUGAAUUUCUGAAUCAGGAUACAGACAAGCAGUCGGAGAGUCUGAAUCUGGACCCCAGCGAGGUGGUUCUCAAGGUGAUUCUGUCGGCGCAUCUGCUGACCCAGGCUCUUCGUGAUUUGGAAGGUGCCAAGUCGCAGUAUGUGCGGAUAAUAGCUCAGACUAGAGCGAUUCCUCAUUUCAGAUUGGAGAGCACGGGCGAGUUUGGACGCAACGUGAUUGCUUAUCCUAACGAGAGAAAUGUUUUGGAUACCUUUGUGAUUGACGACCCGGACCAGGAUCCAGAGGGAAACGUCAUUGUACAAUCGGGAUACCUAUUUGGUGAGCUGGUCAAGUGCAGAGAGGCCGUGGGGGUCAGUGAAAAGGUGUGUCUGCGAAUGGACGUGUACGGGAGACUGUCGGUUCAGAGUAUGUGUGUGGUUGAUGAGGCCAGGAAGACGUUUGUGGACUUUCGGUUUAAUGCUCAUGACGAAUAUUAA